AUGCGCACAGACGCACCUGCGCAGUUGAUCCACCACCGGAGUCUUGUGGUGAGGUACCUGACUAAUUUACCUUUGACAAUUUAGUCCCAUUUCCUUUGACCGCAUUGCUUGUUUGAAUGUGACGAGAAACGACACACCUGUACAACCCGCCGUGCUAGCGUGCUCUGCUGUGGUAUUCUGUUGUCAGUUUUCUUAACGUUCAAAAACCUCUAUAUUAUUCACUGCUCCGAUUUACUUGCUGCAUUUAAGGCUAGGGGCUCGUGAGAUAUAACUCGUUAGUUCGUGAGAACAUUACGAUUUACGACAUUGGUGACUCCCGACAUUUACGCAGACUUUAUAGCUUUCUGUCAUACUGGAUAACAUUUAACGUACUAUUUGCUUGUGAAUAUCUAUUCCAUUUACAUUUACUUUCCUCACGAAUUCUGAUAUUUUGACAUCUCUGUCUUAUUAUGUCUCACUCCGAUCAAAAACUUGAUGCCCCCGCCCAGUCCCUUCAUGCAAUCAAUUUUACUUUGCCUGAAUUCUGGCAACACGCUCCAGAACUUUACUUCAUCCGCAUAGAAUCAGCCUUUUAUUCUGCCAACGUUACCAAGGAGCUAGCAAAAUACUCCGCAUAGAAUCAGCCUUUUAUUCUGCCAACGUUACCAAGGAGCUAGCAAAAUACCACAAACUCGUGGAGGUCCUCCCCGCUAGUGUCAUCUCUCAAGUUCAGUCCUUGCUAGCUAAUCCUCCUGCAGAUGCUCCCUACUCCGCGUUAAAGGCAGAAAUCCCCCGACUUAAUUCUGUAUCUGACCGACAGAGGUAUCACCAGUUAAUUAAGGAGGAGUCACUGGGUGACCGGAAGCCCUCAGAGCUUCUACGUCGGAUGCGUUGUCUCCUUGGAGACAUGCAAGUUGAUGAUAAAUUUGUCAAGGAGAUGUUCCUGGAGCGCCUGCCCACAGAUGUUCAAACGAUCCUGGCGUCCAGCUCUCAGGAUCUCACAGUGUCACAGUUGGCUGAGAUGGCGGAUCGAAUGAUAGAGGUGCAACGAUUCCAGUCACCUUCCGUUGCCCAGAUCUCAUCCUCAUCGUCAGUGAAUGAGCAUUUACUAAAACAGGUGUCGGCCAUGGCAGAUGAGAUGGCCUCUCUUAAAAUACAGCUCGCCCGCCUAACUUCCAGUCGCUCACGCAGUCGUCGUCGUUCUCGUUCGCGACCUCGGACUGCUGAUACUUGCUGGUACCACACUAAUUUCGGCGUAAAGGCCCGUCGCUGUUCCUCACCUUGCUCUUUUAAGCCAAAACAGGGAAACCAGUCAGCCAGAGAAUAG